AUGGCGAGCACCGCCGUCGUGCGCGUCGCGGACCUGCAAGCGGGGACGCGUGUGCCGCGUGCGGAGCUGCUGGAGCGACUGCGUGCUCGCAAAGGGGUCGUCCAUGUGCGCGAGCAGGAGCUCGUGCGGGACGUGAUUUACCUGCUGCAAGGCAUCUCGGGGACGUGCGUGCGCUUCCAGCACGAGUGGCAGCUGCCGAGGGAGGACGGCACGACGCGCGCGCAGACUGUCAUGCGCCUGGAGUUUGACGAGAGUCGUGGCCUGAUCUCGCCGCCGACGCGCGACCUGAUCCACCGCGUCGCAGAGCUGGGCCAGCUGUACCUGCGCGUGCAGCGCUACGUCGACGAACACACGCAGCCGACGCCGACGCACCUGACCGCGCAGAGCCUUACGCACUUUCUCGCGCAGGAGAUGACGGCGCACUGCGAUCUCGUGUCGCAGAUGGAUGCGCAGUGGCAUGCGCAGGAGGAGGGCGAGCCGCUCCGCCCGCCGCUCACGCUGCAGCGGCUCGUGCAGACCACGCGCGAGCCGCUGCUGCGCAUGCGCCUCAUGAGCACCAUGGUCGAGAGCUGCCGCGAGGCGCAUGGCGGCGCGAUGGUCUCGACCAUCCACACAUACACACUCACCGGGGAUCCGUUCAUUCGGCGGUGCACGUCGACGCUGCUCGACCAGGUGUCGCGCCCGUUUUUCCAUACCCUCUCGCGCUGGAUCUACGACGGUGAGCUCGACGAUCCCUUUGGCGAGUUUUUCGUGGCGUGUGCGGCGCCGGCCGCGCACACGCCGCAGCCCACGGACGACCUGGUCGUGGCCACCGAGCAGAGCGUCGAUGCGGCCGCCGUGUGGCAGAACCGGUUCGUGCUGCGCCCUGAAAUGCUGCCGACGUUCCUGAGCGAGCACUUUGCGCGCAAGAUCUUCUCGACCGGCAAGAGCCUGCACUUUUUGCGCGAGUGCUGCGGCGCAGACCAGGGCGUGCAUGGCCGGUCGCGCCGCGAGCUGCGCUACUCAGACAUGGCCGGCCUCGAGCAUGCGAUUGACGCCGAGUUUGCGCUCGCGAGCGGCCACCUGUGUGCACUGUACCUGACCCAGUUCCGACUGCGCGACCAUCUGCGCGCCCUCAAGUCGUACCUCCUGCUCACGCAGGGCGACUUUGCCGACGCGCUGCUGCAGACGCUCGGCCCGAGUCUCGCGCGUCCUGCGUCGACGCUGUACCAGCACAACCUCAGCGCGGCGCUCGAGACGGCGAUCCGCGCGUCACACGCGCAGUUCGACGACCCCGACCUUCUUCGGCGCCUGGACGCGCGCAGCCUCGACUUUGGCCCGGGCGACACGGGCUGGGACACGUUUACGCUCGAGUACCGCGUGGAGUCGCCGGUCAAUGCGGUGCUGGACGCCUCGGCGAUGGCCGGCUACCAGCUGCUGUUCCACUACCUCUGGCAGCUCAAUCGCGUGUCGGCCAGUGUGAGCAGCGCCUGGGCGCUCCUGCUCGCGACGCAAAAAGCCACGAUGCGCAGUCGGCACCACAAGAGCCUGCCACCAGCGCUGCGCACGCUCUUGGCCACGACGCUCGGGCGCCUGAGCGAGAUGGUGCACUUUGUGCGCCAGCUACAGAGCUUCUGUGAGCUGGAGGGCAUAGCGCACGCCUGGCAGCGCCUCGAGCACGACCUGGGCACCUGCGCCAGCGACCUCGACCAGCUCAUCGAGACGCACCGCCGGUACCUCCACACCCUCAUCCACACGACGCUGCUGCGCGGGCGCCGCGGCCAGGGCGACCACCUCGCCGACGACGUGCGUGCGCAGCUCGCAUGUGUCCUGGCCUUCGCCACAGCCGCCAGCGAGCUGUCGCACCACGCGACAGCCGAGCUCGCGCGCGUGGCCAGCGGCGUCGAGCCACUGCGCUCCGCCGCUCACACCGAGGCGACGCUCACCGAGCGCCUCCACACGGAGCACGCGCACUUCCAGCACCGCAUGCACACGAUGAUGGCGGCCCUGGAGCGCCACCCCACGCUCACUGUACGGGAUCUCGCGCGCCGCUGGAACUUUAAUGUGUACUAUCGCCGAGAGCGGACGCAGGCAGAGGCACACUGA